GCUUUAUUAGACGACGCGAAGCAGUCUAUGACGAGCUUACAUUAGGAACACGUGUUGGGAAUGUAUAGUAUAGACACAGAUUUCUUCAGUUGGUGAAGUAUCAAACGAAAACAAAAUGCCGAAAGUCAAAGCUGAAAAGAAAAGCAGACAACACCAGGAGGUGAAAAGUCAAGGAAUAAUGUUCAAUACUGGAAUAGGUCAGCACAUCUUAAAAAAUCCCUUGGUGGUUAAUGGGAUCAUUGACAAGGCUGCUCUUAGACCAACUGAUGUGGUGCUGGAAGUUGGGCCUGGUACUGGUAACAUGACUGUCAAACUACUGGAAAAAGCAAAAAAGGUAGUGGCUUGUGAGCUGGAUACUAGACUUGUGGCUGAGCUUCAAAAGAGAGUACAGUGCACACCACUGCAGACAAAGCUUCAGAUCAUGGUUGGAGAUGUUCUGAAGACAGACCUGCCUUUCUUUGAUGUUUGUGUAGCUAACUUGCCUUAUCAGAUUUCAUCACCAUUCAUUUUUAAAUUACUGCUUCACAGGCCUUUUUUCAGGUGUGCAGUGCUGAUGUUCCAAAGAGAAUUUGCUCUUCGACUUGUUGCAAAACCUGGAGACAAGCUGUAUUGCAGGUUAUCAAUAAAUACUCAGCUUCUGGCCCGAGUAGAUCAUCUUAUGAAGGUUGGGAAGAAUAACUUUAGGCCACCACCAAAAGUGGAGUCUAGUGUUGUCAGAAUAGAGCCAAAGAACCCUCCUCCACCUGUAAAUUUUCAGGAAUGGGAUGGUCUUGUCAGAAUAGCAUUCAUAAGGAAGAAUAAAACACUAUGUGCAGCAUUUAAGUCCAGAGCAAUUGAGCAGUUGCUGGAAAAGAAUUACAGAAUUCACUGUUCUGUACACAAUAUUGAAAUACCACAGGACUUCAGAAUUGAAACAAAAAUCGAGCAAAUUCUUCAGGAAACUGCCUUCAGUGAGAAGCGAGCUAGGUCUAUGGACAUAGAUGACUUUAUGAAGCUUCUCCAUGGAUUUAAUUCUGCUGGCAUCCACUUUUCAUAAUACUGCAGAGAAUGUCCGUGGUAUCUGUAAGACUGUAACUGUACACAAACUUGCAAGACAGAAUUUGGAAUCCACACUUUUUAAGAAUACAGCUUGUGAGGUUCAACAAUAUCAGUUUUGUUGGCAUUUUCUGUAUUGUAAUUUUUUUUAAAUAAUGAAGUGAUCUUUUAAAGAUUAAUUGAAUGCAUUUUACUGGGUUGCUGUAUGUAAUGUGUGUAAUGCAAAUGGUGAUAUGUGGUUCAUCAGUGAAAUCUUAGGUGAAGAAUAUAUAUUUUAAAAGAAAACAUUUCUCUUUAAAAGAACAAAUUCUUCACGUUUAUACUGCACAUAAAUCUUUUUAUAUUUGCCUUUUUUUUCUGGAGCUCUGGGAUGAAAGUUUAAAUGAAACAUUCUAUGUGAUUAGAAGUCAAAUGAAAAUACUUCUUAGCAAACCUUGAUAGUGAUGCAGUUGUAGUGCAUUAGAAGAAACCCCAAUGAGAAUAUUUAUCUUUUACACCAUGCAAAAGAAUAAUUCAAGCUGAGUAAAUUUAAGAAUAACCAGCUAUGGUCCUUGAGGGAUAUUUUAAUUUCAUUUAUAAAAUAAUUGUACGAAACACCUGCUUAGGUGGUAAAAAUGAUUGUGUUCCAGGUAUUUAGAAAUUGAUCAUUUAAGUGUGAUCAAUAAGACCUGCUAGAUUGUGUUAAGAUCACCUUCCUGCAGCGUCCCUCGGCUA